UUCAACAUGAAGCUUUUCAGGUUAUCUUUACGUGACCCAUUCUGUACCGGUGUACCCACCGUGGAGUUGGCUCGAGAGAAGCACACUAUCGUGUUAUACUUGUCAAGCCUUUUUGACCGAGGACUAUAAAGCUAAGACAGGGUCGGUCUUUGGGAACCAAUCCAAUACCCUCUCGUUCCGUCUCCUCGUUCUCGGGUCAAAUAAUACGACACGAUGGCUUCCGCCGGUUUCCUUAUCUACUCGGGCGUGAUGCCUCUUCUCAAAACAUUGCUGUCGAUCAUUGUUGGCUACGUGCUAGCACGCAUGGAGCUCUUCCCUCGUGCCUCCUCCAAAGGGGCCUCGCAACUCACCAUGAACGUUGCUCUUCCGCUCCUGAUAUUCUCAAACAUCGUGCCGGCGUUCACCCCGCAGAAUGUCUCUGCCAUUGGUCCAAUGUUCUUGAUUGCUUUCAUUUACCAAGGCUUUGGGUUCUUUUUCGGUAUCCUCAUCAGAGAGAUCUUCUAUGUACCUCGAAAUUUCUGGCAAGGCAUCAUUAUCGUGACCGGCUUGAGUAAUUGGGGUAAUCUACCGAACGCUAUCGUUUUGUCAGUGACGGCACAAGCACCAUUUGACCCUAGCACUGACCCAGCACUGGGUGUAUCAUUUGUCGCCAUUUUCACCGUCGCCUAUCACAUAACGUUCUUCGUUGGUGGCGCAGCCCACUCGCUAUCCUGGGACUAUUUACCUGGUAUCCCCCAAGGCGAAGCGGCGGAGCUUCAUGUUCCUUGGAAACAGAAGCCUCUCGGGUCCCUCUUUGCUAGAUAUAUUCUAAAGGAGAACGCCUUUCCUCCACCCUCUCUAAGCAAGAGCCCCAUGGAAGUUGAAGCAGCCCUCGAUGAGACGAACGAGGGGAAGGGUCUGGAGGACUCUCCUUCGGGGUCGACCAUCCAUCUCGGCAGCGACGAGGAGGGUCACCAACUCACACGCCAGACGACUCGCGUGUCCAUUGUCUCGACUGGCCCAUAUCCCGUCCUUCCUACACCAUCUCAAUCGUCAACACCUCAAGCGACGUCCGUACUUAGCGAGAACGACCAACGAAAUAAAUUUUCAUUUAUUCCCCCGGUAGUCCGUCGCGUUAUCCGUCACCUAUCCACAAUUGUCACACCUGUCACGGUCUCUCUCGCCAUAUCCCUCCCUAUCGCUCUAAUUCAACCGCUCAAGGCUCUGUUUGUCGAUAUAUCAAGCUUGGGAGGUCCGAAUCUCAAAGGUCCGGAUGGGCGACCUCCUCUGGCUUUCAUUACAGACACUGCCGACUUCAUCGGUUCGAUGACGGUCCCGUUAGCUUUGAUCCUUCUAGGAGCUUCGUUCGCCCGCCUUUCAGUUCCGCGACCAUUCUCCCGCCUUCCUAUUCUGGCAAUGCUCGCGGUCACUUUUGCGAAGAUGCUAGUCUUGCCUGUUAUCGGGGUGUUUGUUGUCCAAGCGAUGAUCAAAGGCGGACUCAUAAACCAUAAUUCAAGAGUCGAGAAGUUUGUUGCAAUGCUUUUGAGCGGUUCUCCGUCAGCGGUAAAUCAGCUUAUUGUUGCUAGCCUAUAUUCCCCCGAUGGAAAUGUUGAUACACUGGCGGCGUUUCUUCUCGUUCAAUAUGUCCUCAUGUUCAUCUCGUCAUCUGCUUUGACCGCCGUUUCCUUACUUUUGUCAUGAAUAGACGCAGCCGACAUUACGAUUUUGAGCUUUGUUGCUGUAUCAACCUCAAGGACCCCAUUGAUUGUUCAAUCAGCUUCUACACUGUAUCCACUCGGUUUAGACAUGACAUGUAUUUUUGGUGCGUGCAUCUAUAGACAAAUAGAUUCUUAUAUGUG